CAAAACUCACUUGUUUUCAUAGUAUUACAAUUGCAAAGCUGUCCGGCUCUCUGACACCAUGGAAGUUACAUGGCUGUUUUUGGCACUAAUAUUCUUCAGUCAACUACUGUGGACAGCAGCUAAUCCAGGUACAGGACUGCACACAUGGGAUAGAUUUGCCAAACUUCCAUAUCCCGGUGACAAAGCCUUCCUAUAUGAUACUUUCCCUGAUACAUUUAUUUGGGCUGUCGGCACUGCUGCAUAUUCAGUGGAGGGAGCCUGGGAGAAAGACGGGAAGGGCAAGUCUAUCUGGGACACUUUUACACGUGGAGGCACCCGUGUAUCCAGAGGCGACGUGGGUAGUGACAGUUAUCACAACAUCGCAGGGGACCUUCGGGCGUUACAGCAACUUGAAGUCAGUCACUACAGAUUUUCUCUGUCCUGGCCACGCAUUUUCUCCAAUGGCACCAAAGAAAGUUACAAUGAAAAAGGGGUGGAAUAUUAUAAAAAUCUAAUUCGUGGUUUAAAGGAUAUAGAAGUGCAACCUGUGGUGACUUUAUAUCAUUGGGACCUUCCUGACCAUUUGCAGACCGGCUUUGGAGGUUGGAAUAAUUCAAUAAUGGUGGAACUAUUCAGAGAAUAUGCAGACUUUUGUUUUAAAACAUUUGGAGCAGAUGUGAAAUUUUGGAUUACCAUUGACAAUCCUUUUGUUGUGGCCUGGCAUGGAUAUGGAACUGGGGUUGUGGCACCUGGGAUUAAAAAUGACUCAGAUUUGCCUUUCAGAGUUGGACACAAUCUUUUGAAGGCACAUGCUGCAGCCUGGCACCUGUACGACGACCAAUAUCGUGCCAGUCAGGGGGGACAAGUGUCCAUGGCUCUUGCUUCACACUGGAUCAAACCUAGCAGAACCAGGCUGGAGAACCGCAGAGCCUGCCAGUGUUCUCUGGAUUUUGUGCUUGGCUGGUUCGCCCGCCCGUUGUUUGUGGAUGGAGGCUAUCCGCCCUGCAUGAAACGCAAUCUGACCCACAGACUGCCGUCCUUCACGGAGGCCGAGAGCAUGUACAUUAAUGGAACAGCUGACUUCUUUGCCCUGUCUCAUGGACCUGCUCUUAGUUUUCAGCUAAUUAAUGACAGCCUGCGCUUUGGCCAGACUGAAGACCUGGACCUGAGGAUGCUGCUGUACUGGGUCCAAGCAGAGUACAACAAUCCACCUAUAUUUGUAGUGGAGAGUGGCUGGUAUGGAGGUGGCAAUACAAAAACAAAGGAUGCCAAGCAUAUGUAUUACCUGAAGCGCUUUAUUAUGGAGACUCUGAAAGCAAUCCGCUUUGACCAAGUUAAUGUGAUUGGCUACACAGCCUGGUCUCUGCUGGACGGGUAUGAGUGGUACCGCGAAUAUGGUAUACGACGAGGACUGUUCUAUGUGGAUUUCAACACUCCUGAUAUGAAGAGAGAGCCAAAGACAUCUGCCACUUUCUAUAGCAAACUCAUAGAAAAGAAUGGCUUCCCACAGCUGCCCGAGAACCGUCCUGCACAUGGUGUCUUUCCCUGUGAUUUUGCCUGGGGAGUGGCGGCCAACUCCAUACAGGUUGAAACCACACCUACCCAGUUUGCAGACCCCAGUGUGUACAUUUGGAACAUUUCGGGUAAUGGAGAGCUAAAAAAGGUCCCAGGUGUGCAGGCUCCCGCUCUGCGCAGGGCAUGGCAUUGUGCUGAUUAUGCCAGCAUACACCAGCAGGUGUCUGAUGUGCAGCGCAUGCAGGUCUCACACUUCCAUUUCUCCCUCAACUGGUCCUCCAUCAUUCCAACGGGCAGAGUGUCUGACGCUAACAAAACACUGCUAAACUACUACCACUGCUUUGUUAGUGAGCUACGAAAGGUUAACGUAACCCCAGUUGUGACCCUUUGGCACCAUACCGGUAAACUGUCCAGCCUACCUGCACCCAUGGAGGCAAGUGGGGGCUGGCAGAGUGAGGAGACAGUCCAAGCCUUUGCCAACUAUGCCAGGUUGUGUUUCCAACGGCUUGGAACUCAUGUCAAGCUGUGGAUCACGCUGAAUGAGCCCAAUGAUGAAGAGCUUGAAUACGCAGUGGGCCACCAGCUUCUUCGUGCCCAUGCAUUAGCUUGGCGCAUUUAUGACGGUGAGUUCCGCAAAGCUCAAGGUGGCAAGGCAUCACUGGUUCUUCAUAUGGACUGGGUCGAACCUGCAUUUUCUUUCAACAGAGAAGACGUGGAGCCUGCUAACCGAGUCUUGGACUUUCGAGUUGGCUGGUUUGCGGAGCCCAUCUUUGGUAGCGGGGAUUAUCCUCCAGUGAUGCGUAGCUGGCUCCAACAGCGAAACAAUAUAGAUCUCUUCAAUUAUCACUUACCAACGUUCAGUGAAGAGGAUCACCAGUUGGUUAAAGGAACCUAUGAUUUCUUCGCCAUCAGUCACUUUACUACCUCAAUGGUAUAUGACGGGGUAGAGGACAAAUACACCUUCAAGGACAAGUUGCAGGUGCAGUUGAUAUCUGAUGUCACUUGGAUCAUGUCUCCGAGACGCAACUCUCCUGUGGUCCCCUGGGGUCUUCGCAAGGCACUAAAUUGGGUUAACUCUAGAUAUAAAGGGGUUCCCAUUUACGUGAUGGCCAACGGUGUUCAAGAGGAUACUGCUAGGUUUAAAGAUAGCUUGCGUGUCUACUACCUUUACAACUACAUUAAUGAAGCCUUAAAAGCGUAUUCACUGGAUGGCAUUGAUCUGAAAGGCUAUUUUGCAUAUGCAUUCAACGACCAACGGGAUCCAGGCUUUGGCAUGUAUGGUCAUGUGCAAGAGGAGGUCAUUUUAAAAUCUUCACUAGACCAUUAUAGAAACAUUAUCAACCAUAAUGGCUUUCCUGCCCCAGGUACAAUUCCACAGCAGUGUACCCAUGCCUCAGUGCACUGCUCUGGGUGUUAUAUCCUAACCAAGCAGCCUAUCGUUGGUUUUCUGUCUCUAGUGGCCAUUUGUAUGCUCAUUACAAUAUGCCUUUUUAUCUACUAUGCAAUCAAGAGGCACAAAUUAACUACAAAACGAUGAAAGAAAAGGGUUUCUUGGCUUGGUUGGACUCCUUUCUUAUUAUUUAUUUAUUUUUCUUAAUGGUUGGCGAAGUAUAUGGCAACAAGGAGAAAUAGGAAUUGAAAAUCAAAGACUUUCGUAAGUACAAACACCCACAUUCUGUUAAUAUUAUAUCAGUGGUUAUGCUUAGUUUUGUGCGAAAGGUUACAGGAGAAUGCAGAGUGGCUAAUAAUUAUAAACACAAGGAGCUACAUUUUUUCAAAUAAUUGAAUCAAGAUAAAAUCAUACUAAAACGUUUUUAAUAUGACCAUUAUGGGCCAUAAAAUGAUGAUUACUGACUGGAUUCUUUGCUUAGUUGCAAAAUGAGGCUAAUUUCUAAAUAAUUCAUCCAUUUAAAUAAUGUUAUUUUAAAAAGAACCUUCACAAUACUGCCUAUAACACAUUCUUGAAUUAUGGUGUUCACAUUGUUUCCCUAUGGAUACUACAUGAUCAAAGAAGAACCAGCUAUUUAUUUAAUGUAAAAAGACUAUUUAUUAGUUGGAGAAAAAUAUUGCUUUAUUUAGUGCUUUUAAUUGCAUAGCAGUUUAAUUACAAUGUAGAGUUUAAGUAUUUUACUCUGCCUGGCAUGUUAAAGAGGGCCAUACUGUGGUUAGUUUAAUGAAACAUUUUAAUGUGUGCUUUUACUUUAUAGUAUGCUUAAAAGAAAAUGUAUUUAAUAUUAUAAUUUUAUAUGGAUGUAUUUAAUUAUCUGCUGGUGGUGGUGUAGUGGUCUAAGCACAUAACUAGUAAUCUGGUAAUCAGAAGGACACUGGUUCAAACCCCACAGCCACCACCAUUGUGUCCUUGAGCAAGGCACUUAACUCCAGGUUGCUUGUCCCUAUAAUAAGUGCUCUGUAAGUCACUUUGGAUAAAAGCAUCUGCCAAAUGCAUAAAUGUAAAUAAACAUGUGACACAUCUUAUAGCCUUAAACUAUAAAUGUAUAUA